AUGGCAGGUGAUGACGGAGUUCCUCCAGGUGGAAAAAGGCGAGCUGCAUCUCCAGCCGAUGGGCCCCCUGCAAAGCGAAAAGCUCCUUCUCCUGCUGCUGCUCCUGUUGCUGCUCCUGUUGCUGCUCCUGUUGCUGCUGUAGGAAAUAUUAAGUAUAUCACCGGUGAUUUGAACGAUAUCCCCGGCCCCCUCAAAUCAAGACAUGUCAGCAAAUUUACAAUUGAGUAUUUAGACAUGGAUGUCGAAGACAGGGUCUCAGGUCUAUCCCAUUGUAUCCUCAGACUGACUUUCCAGAUUCCACUGAGACAAGCAACUUCAUGGGCACCUGCGGGUACCAAGGGCGUAAUCUUAGACCAUGAUAUGGUCCGAGGCGGCGUCAUUGGUAAAUUCGUCCUAAACAACUUUAGUAUGAAAACCUUCCAAUACGAAGUUGCGCAUCACAAUGCCAAAAAGGUAGUCGAGGUCCCAGUUCGACGACGUAAGACGAGCAAGUGUUCCAACAAGAUACAGUAUCGAACAGUGGGUGACUUUUUGCGUGUUCUGGAGAGUGCAGAGAUGCUUCCGUUUACAUAUCAGAAAAUAAAAAUUCGACAAGCUAAUGGUGAACUUGUGGAUUUCUCUGUUGGAUGCAGGGAUUUUAACUCACAGUUCAUCUAUCACUUGAAUAGAGCUCAAGUUCUUAAUACCACGAAAGCAGGAGUUCCAAAUCCGAUUUAUGAUUCUUUUAAUUGGGCAUACCUUGAGGGAGGGGAAGCACUCAAACCAGUUAACCAUGCUGGAUGGACCAGUGAUUAUGCGCAUGUGAAUAUCGCUGAAAUCAAUUACACGCCCUAUCGUCCUGCCCUUGUUGGGGACACACUGGCAAGAGCUAAAGUUGAACAUCGCAAAGCAGUAGAUGCAGCACAAGGUUAA